AGACCUCCUCCCUUCUACCCCUCCUUCCCUGUGAAGAUGGCGCUCUCCAGGGUGUGCUGGGCUCGGGCUGCUCUGUGGGGUUCGGCGGUCACCCCCGGACCUCAUGUCACCCGGAAGCUGCAACUUGUUCGCUGUGGCCUGGCCUGGGGGGCCCCUCGGUCUUCAAAGCUUCACCUUUCACCAAAGGCAGACGUGAAGAGCUUGAUCUCUUAUGUGGUGGCCAAGACAAAAGUGAUUAAUGGGAAAUACCAUCGUUUCUUGGGUCGUCAUUUUCCCCGCUUCUAUGUCAUGUACACAAUCUUCAUGAAAGGAUUGCAGAUGUUAUGGGCUGAUGCCAAAAAGGCUAGAAGAAUAAAGACAAAUAUGUGGAAGCAUAACAUAGAGUUUCAUCAACUUCCAUACCGGGAGAUGGAGCAUUUGAGACAGUUCCGUCGAGACGUCACCAAGUGUCUUUUCCUAGGUAUUAUUUCCAUUCCACCCUUUGCCAACUACCUGGUCUUCUUGCUCAUGUACCUGUUUCCUAGGCAGCUCCUCAUCCAACAUUUCUGGACCCCAAAGCAACAGAUUGAUUUCUUAGAUAUCUAUCAUGCUCUCCGGAAGCGGUCCCACCCAGAAAUCCUUUGUUAUUUAGAAAAGGUUAUCCCUCUGGUUUCUGACGCAGGACUCCGAGGGCAUAUGACAGAGCUGUGCACCAAGAUACAGCAUGGUACCCACCCAGCAGUACAUGACAUCCUGGCUCUGAGAGAGUGUUUCUCUAACCAUCCUCUGGGCAUGAAGCAACUCCAUGCUUUGCAAAUGAAAGCCCUGAGUAGAGCCAUGCUUCUCACGCCUUACCUGCCUUCUUUCUUGUUGAGAUACCGUUUAAAGACUCAUACCAUCGUAAUUCACCAGCUGGACAGAGCUUUGGCAAAGCUGGGGAUUGGCCAGCUGUCUCCCCAGGAGGUGAAGUCGGCUUGUUAUCUUCGUGGCCUGAAUUCUACCCAUAUUGCUGAAGAAAGGUGUCGAGCUUGGCUGGGAGAGUGGCUACAGAUUUCCUGCAGCCUGAAAGCCAUCCCUCGAACAGCCACAUGGGAAGGACAUGCGGUCCACCUGAGGAGAGGACAAGAAGGUUGAGGAAGUUGAGACCACCAGACUUAAUGAUGGAGAGUGGAGACAUGAGCUGGCAGCAAAUAGGCAGCUGGAAUUUGAGGUCUUAAAAGAGGAACCACCAGGAACAAAUGUAACUCGCAGCGUGACCUAACAGAGCACUACGUGGUAGCUGUCAGGUAGUUUCAGUUCCAGCACAGCCAUGAAGUAGCAGUGUGCCCUCAGGAAGGUCCUUUAUCUCAGGGGCACCUCGUCACUUAAGCAUCUGACUCUUGGGUUUAGGCUCAGGCCGUGGCCUCAGGGUCGUGGCAUUAAGCCCUGCAUCAGGCUCCACGCUCAGCGCAGAGUCUUCUCAUUCCUCUCCCUUCCUUUCUCUCCUCUUCUUGUUCUUUCUCAAAUACAUAAAAUCUUAGGGGAAAAAAAAAGAGGCCUGAGUGGCUCAGUCGUUAAGCGUCUGCCUUUAGCUCAAGUCAUGAUCCUGGAGUCCUGGGACUGAGUCCCACAUCAGGCUCCCUGCUCAACAGGAAGCCUGCUUCUCUCUCUCCCACUCCCCCUGCUUGUAUUCCCUCUUUUGCUGUCUUUCUGUCAAAUAAAUGGGUAAAAAUCUUUAAAAAAAAAAAAAAAAGUCUUUAUGUCUUCAGGGCUUUGUUUCCUCUACCAAAUAAAAUGUAGCCAAAAAUGUUAAAGGGCCUUUCCAGUUAAAAAGUCCAAAGAUGGGCGCCUGGGUGGCUCAGUGGGUUAAGCCGCUGCCUUCGGCUCAGGUCAGAUCUCAGGGUCCUGGGAUCGAGUCCCGCAUCGGGCUCUCUGCUCAGCAGGGAGCCUACUUCCUCCUCUCUCUCUCUCUGCCUGCCUCUCUGCCUACUUGUGAUCUCUCUCUGUCAAAUAAAUAAAUAAAAUCUUU